AUGGGUACCCAAACUUUCAUGAUCAAUGAUGACAAGGAACUUGAAGUAGUUCCUUUUGAAGAAGGAUGGAAAUCUGCUGAGAAUAAGAAAAAACAAAGAAGUAAGAGCAGGAAAUCAAAAGAAAAAGGUCAACAGAGUAACCGAGAGACAAAAAAGCAUGACAUGAUCAUUACUCAAAAUAGUUUUGAUGAACUGCUGCAGGAGGAGUCCAAUCAAAAUGAGAAUUUUAAUACUAUUGCAGAAACUACAAAAAGGAACCAGCAGGGAAAAGAUGAUCAAAAAGAGCAGGAAAAAGAGGAUGAAUGGACAGAGGUGUUAUCAACUAAAGAGGAAGAUUCAUCAGAGGAAGAGGAAAGUAAUACCUCUGAAGAAUCUGAGGAAGAAUAUGAAGAAAAUGAGGAAAACGAUGAAAGAAAGGAAGCAGAAAUGUUGCUUAGCAAGGCAAAGAAGAAGGAAAAAGUGGAAAGACAAGUCAGGAUCACCCCUAUUACAAGGAAUCAAAAGAAUAACACUACAAAACCUGCAAUUCCCCCUAUUAAUGAUUAA